AGUUUGCUUUGUGAAAGAUAGGUAAUUGAAGGCUUACUUUUCUCCUAUGGCUUUGUGAAAUUCAAGGAGUUUUUGUUUUUUUUGUGAAAUUUUGAAUGCUUCCUUAUUUAUUGUUCAGAAAAUAAGAGGGUUUUUGCUGUUUUGUUAGAUUGUACCUGUCUGUGUUCACUCAAGAAGCAAAGCAUUAUUUCAUGGCUGAUGCUGUGGUAUCCUUUCUUGUGGAGAGGUUGGGUAACCUCCUGAUUGAGGAAACCACACUGUUAUGGAGUGUACGGGCUCAGGUCCAACAGAUGCAAACCAAGCUAAAACGGAUACAGUGCUUUCUAAAAGAUGCUGACAAGAGGCAAGAUGAGGAUGACAGUGUUCGGAAUUGGGUUUCAGAGAUAAGAGAUGCUGCUUAUGACAUUGAGGAUGUUAUUGACAGUUUUGUGCUUAAAUUCGCACCUCGGAAUGGAAGAAGAAUCCAUAAUCUCAUCACCAAAGGCAUAGCACUUCACAACCUUGCUUCAAAAAUUGAUGAGAUUAAACCUCGAAUAAUUGAUCUCACCAGAAGCUUACAAACUUAUGGAAUAACAGCAAGAAAAGAAGGAGAAGGAACUAGCUUAGCAUUUGAGAGGCAGAGGCAGCUCAGUGGGUCUUAUUCCCAUGUUGUUGAAGAGUAUAUUGUUGGGUUUGAUGAAGAUAUAAGUCAACUGAUAACACAGCUGGUGAAUGAAGAGAAAUGCAGAGUUGUAUCUAUCUGUGGUAUGGGUGGUCUGGGAAAGACUACCAUGGCAAAGGCUGUUUACCAUCAUGGUGAUAUAAGGAGACACUUUGAAGGGUUUGCUUGGGCAUAUGUGCCUCAGCAGUGCAAAAGAAGAGAUAUUUGCGAGCGGAUUUUUCUGAAACUCAUCAUUCCAUCUAGGGAGGAGAGGGACGAAAUUUUAAGAAUGACAGAUGAAGAUUUGGCAAAGAAGCUUUAUAAAGUUCAGAAAGAAAAGAAGUGUUUGGUUGUGAUUGAUGAUAUUCGGAGCACUGAGGCAUGGUCUACUCUUAGUGCUGCUUUUCCAAAUGAAACUGCUUCUGGUAGCUAAAUACUGCUUACAGCACGCAACAAAGAAGUGGCUUUGGUUGCUGACCGAGAGGGAUUUGUUCAUGAACCAAACUGUUUGAAUGAAGAAAAGAGUUGGGAGUUAUUCCAAAGGAAGGGAUUUCCAAGGAGAAGCAAUUCAGGUGGACAGUCAUAUACGAUGCUCUUUAAUCUCCAGAUCUAAUUUUGUUACUUUUUCUGACAACAUAAACUGGAAUAAGCAAACUGCUUUAAU